UCUUACACCCCAUCACAUACCGGUAACUGUUACAGGAAGCACAGGGCCAGGCCUGCCGACUGCGGAGCGGCUGGUGCUCCGGGCCUGGCUUCCGUAGGCUCGGGGGCUCCCGGACUGUGCCGCACCCAGCCUCGGGGCCGACCCCUGCAGAGCGCGGGCUGCCAGCAGAGCCCCGCCCGCCCGGCCCGGCUGCUCGGCGGCCAUGGCGAGCUGGCGGCUCCCCCGGACCCCGCUGCUGCUGCUCCCGCGGGCGGCCCAGCGCCUGCUCCCGGCCCCGCUCCGGCGCAGCGGCUCCGGCCCGGCCCCGCCGCGGCUGCCCGGCUCCCUGGUGCGCUCGGGCGGCUUCGUGGGAGGCCGCUGGGUGCAGGCGGCCGCCGCCUUCCCCGUGCUGGACCCGGCCAGCGGCGCCGAGCUGGGGCGGGUGGCGGACUGCGGCGUGGCCGAGGCCCGGGCCGCGGUGAGAGCCGCGUGGGAGGCCGGGCCCGGCUGGAGCGCGGCCCCCGCCAAGGAGAGAAGUGCAUUGCUUCGCAAAUGGUACAGUUUGAUGAUGGAGAAUAAAGAUGACCUUGCUAAGAUAAUUACAGCAGAGAAUGGGAAGCCUCUGAAAGAGGCACAAGGUGAAGUUCUUUAUUCUGCCUCCUUCCUGGAAUGGUUUGCAGAAGAAGCUCGUCGCAUUUAUGGUGACAUCAUUCCACCUUCUGUGAAAGAUAGAAGGCUGUUGGUGCUGAAACAGCCUGUUGGAGUGGCAGCCAUUAUCACCCCUUGGAAUUUCCCCAGCGCUAUGAUUACACGAAAAGUUGGUGCAGCUCUGGCAGCAGGCUGUACUGUGGUGGUGAAGCCUGCAGAAGACACACCAUUAUCAGCAUUAGCACUUGCUGAGCUUGCAAACCAGGCUGGAAUUCCAGCAGGAGUAUAUAAUGUUGUCCCUUGUUCCCAAAAACAAACCCCAGCUGUGGGGGAGGCUCUGUGCACUGAUCCUUUGGUAGCAAAAAUAUCUUUUACUGGCUCCACUGCUACAGGAAAGGUACUGCUGCAUCAUGCUGCUGGCACCGUAAAGCGGGUUUCCAUGGAGCUCGGGGGACAUGCUCCAUUUAUAGUGUUUGACAGCGCUGAUGUGGACCGAGCUGUUGCGGGAGCUCUGGCUUCUAAAUACAGAAACUCAGGGCAGACGUGUGUUUGCACAAACCGUUUUUUGGUGCAAAAAGGGAUCCACGAUGCAUUUGUGGAAAAAUUUGCCAAAGCCAUUGAAAGAGAGCUACGUGUAGGAAAUGGAUUUGAUGAAGGAACUACCCAGGGGCCAUUAAUUAAUGAAAAAGCAGUGGGAAAGGUGGAGAGACACAUUAGCGAUGCGGUUUCUCAAGGAGCAUCCAUCGUGACAGGAGGGAAACGACACAGCUUUGGAAAGAAUUUCUUUGAGCCUACUCUGCUCAGCAAUGUCACAACAAACAUGCUUUGCACGCAAGAAGAGACAUUUGGUCCCUUAGCACCAGUUAUCAAGUUUGAUACCGAAGCAGAAGCUGUUGCUAUAGCAAAUUCAGCCAAUGUGGGUUUAGCAGGAUAUUUCUAUUCUCAAGACCCAGCCCAGAUCUGGAGAGUUGCAGAGCAGCUGGAGGUUGGAAUCGUUGGUGUUAAUGAAGGAAUAGUGUCCUCAGUGGAGUGCCCUUUCGGAGGUGUGAAACAAUCUGGCUUGGGACGAGAAGGUUCAAAAUAUGGUAUUGAUGAGUACCUAGAAAUAAAGUACGUCUGUUUUGGAGGCUUAUAAUAAUUUGCAAAAAUUACACAAAUCCACAAAGGCCUGGAAAACAAUGGCCUGAUUCAGGUGGACUGUCUGUAUAUUAAUAUGGCUGUUAUCCUCUUCAAAUCCAAGUAACGCUGUUGUGUGAGUAAAUGUAGAGAGAGGUGUUUCAUGUAGCUCUGUGCUGACACUUGUAAAACACAAAUGUACUAGUUACAUAGAUCUAGUUAAUACCCAAUAGUUGGAUGACAGUGCCUCUUAGGUGGUGGUGGUGGGAGGGAGGGGGCAGGGAGCAAUAGCUUCUGUUAUUUGGGUUACCCUAAGUAAACAGGAAGAAUUUGGAGAUUUGAGCAUAAUGAAGAUCAUAAUUCCUGUUCUGGAGGACACAGGCAAUCCCCCUCAGCCGUCUCUCCUAGUAUUCAUGCAUCUGUGUAGGGAGUGGAGAGGGGUUGGGGAGGGUAGCCUAUCCUUUAUGGUUUUGUGCCAAAUACGCACUUAAUUCUCAGCUUGCUAAGGCUGUUAUAUAACUUUUUCAAAUUGCUUACUUUUGUUACAGUUUGCAGGAGAACUUGGUGCUUGUGAAGGGGAGGAGUUAGUAGUAAUGGCUGGAGCCGGGCAUUCUUACAGGCUAGUGCACAGCUAUGUCAGAACAUAUCACUGCUAAUGGCAUCACCACCUGCUGUUGCAGCUUUGGCCCUCUCCAGAGCAGACAUCUUAACUUCUGCCUAAGAGCUUAGUAGUUUGAGGAACAGAUACACAACCUGUGCUACCAUGUAAACAAGGGCUGUAAGUUGCAGUAGUCUGUAUAAACUGGUUGCACAAUGACUCAGUGGAGCUUGGGGAAUGGCUAGCUUAGUGUAUAGCAGAGGAAGGUGAGGACUGUAUGCAUGUUGCAGGGACAUUCAGCUGAGCUGUUGGGGGUGGGGGGCAAGAUUUAUGUAAAUGAGCUCCACAUGACACUACAAAUCCAUUCAUUCCCCUGUGCAAGACCAGUAUGACCCCACCUGGGACAGGGAAGAGGAUGGUCAUCAACAUAAAUGUUGCCAACCAACUUUUUCAAGGAGUGCUUUCCUCCCACUCCUUCACAGAGCCACUUUAGCUUGCUCAGCUACAGAUCCUCAGCAGGCUGUACUGCUCCUGCAGCUUUGUGCCUUAAAUGCUGACAGGCCCUGGAUUGGGCUCCUUGUCACAUGGGCAGAUGUCCAUCGCGGAGUGGAACAAAACCCCAAACUCAUCCAACUUCCAACCUACUAAGGAUUGUAUAGGUCUUCAGAGGUAGACUUCGUAUGUCAUCCCCUUAGUCCAAGUAGCCUCAACUGAAAGCAUCAUUAAAAGGUGAUGUAAAAGUUCCUUAAUGUGAAGCAAAUAAUGGUGUAUUAACAUUAUUUUGACUUAAAAUAAGCACUUUAUUCACCAAACUAAACUUCCUCAGAAGAUCAUAUAGAAAAAUUUUAACUGGCUUUUCAGAGGCUGGGGAGUAGAAGUUGUGUGUUUUCAUUUUUUGGCUAACUGCUGUUUAGCCAGACUUUUACAUUUAAUUACAGAAUGAAAGUGAGCUGGCUGCUCUCUCUAGAUGAAUGUACCCUGUCAAAUAGGCAAAAGUAUUCAAUUAAACCAAGGUAGGGGGAAAUUAUUUUUGGACUGACACUUAGGAUUAACAGAAAAGCAAGGUGGAGCAAAGCUUCACAGAGCCUUCUCAAGCGCACAUAGAGUAGUGUUGAUUGCUACUCAACAUUUUAAAUGUUUAGAUGAUUUUUGUAUUACACUGGGUAUGGCUGGAGCUCAUUCCUUACUGUCCACGUAAAAUGCAUGAGUGCAUUGUGCUGAAGUGAUGCCACAAACAGGGUUUGGAAAGGACACUCGUUGCCCUUACAGAAGUCCCUAGUGCAAUACAUAUAAAAAUGAAGGCCCUGAGGCUUUAUCAACUGCAGUGUUAAUAAGGAGACAACAGAUGUGCCUGUUUAUAUUAACCACUUUUUAAACUCUUGCCGAUAAGCAUACAUAGCACCCUGAUUUGAGAGUGUUGUGUUAUGGCAUAUAUGACAGUAGGGCAGCUAGAACAAGGCAUUUUACUCAUCCAUUUCUUAUUCAGUAGAGAGUGCUGCACAAAAAUACAGCCAGUACUUGCUACAUCCCAAAGUACAAUAGCUUAAAUACAGCAAGCACACAGGCAAUUUUCUAAGUACCUGAGACAGGUGGAGCCAUCUGUCAUUUCAGCCAGGCACUCAAAUUGCACUGCUCUGACUGGUUGCCUCCAUGUCAGAUGCAACACUGUUGGUUGUCUUAAAAUCUUGGUGUCUUGUUUUGAGGCUGGAUUUUCUUCUCUGAGUAGAAUUAAAUAAAACAUGAGUAAAUUUUUACUCUUUACCCAGCAUAAGAUAUCUUUAAACUGUGUCUGACAACAGGAAGCACAAACCUUUUGUUAUAUAACUGUAACAGUAUCUUAGGUUAACUUUAAAAAAAAGUUUGUCAAGUUUUCCUCCAUGCCUGUACUCCAGUGCUUGAAUAUGUAUGGUUGUCUAGAUAAUGUCUACAUCAAAGAGCACAAAUGGAUCUUUCUUACAAAUGUUGUACUCAUCAAAAACUGUGAUCCUUUAACAAAAGACAUUACUUGAAAUAUUACAUUUUAGUUUGUGUAUGAUUAGUUUGUCAUUGUCUAGCUUUUUUCUAAUGUAAUGUAAAUGGGUGUUCAAAUAAUGCAUACUACUUAGCAAAGAAACUGAACUGUUUUCAAAUAAAUAUCUAACACCUGUGAAAGCA